AAUCGCCGCCGCCCACCGCCUCACUGCCAUGUCGGGCGGCUAUCUCGCACACUAUUAUUGACUUGAGAAUAUUACUCACGCACGUACUCACACACACGCACUCACACGCGGCGCGCACGCACGCACACAUGCAUAAUUGAUAACGUCCUUAGAUCACGCACAUACGUCCGCGCGACCGCCGUCUUCGACCGCGUCGCGUAUUCUCGUCGUUACGUACUAUCGCCACUGGUCGUUCACCGCCUCCGCAGUGGUUAAGCGUGUUGAGCGCUACAUGACACGACGCACAGCGAACGGAGGAGCCUACGUCGACGGGAACCGCACGGCCGCGGUGUGGUUUGUAGACGACGCGGGAGCUUUCCGCCGUCCGCGUUUGUCCUUCCGUCAACGAGGCGACCGAGGGUACGCGACUUUUUAAAUAUUCACACCGUCCGUCCGUCCGUCCGUCCGCUCUCGGCACGAUAUCGGCUUGUCCGUCGCCGGCGAACCGUCUCGCGCUCUUCGUCAUCCGACCCUCCGUCCACGGCUCACUGUUUUUCCUCAGCAAUCCUCUCCUAACCGGUCAAUCGAUUUGCUCUGCUACGGACGACUGUCCGCGACUCGAUAAUUUUGUAGCCGUGACGCACGCGUGACAUCCAGGCGUCCCAUGUCGUUUUGUGGUGGCCGCCACUGCAGUAGUCAUCAUAUCACCUCCCCUGCCGUUACUGCCACUGCUGCUGCUGCUACUACUGAUCCUAGUCUCGAGUGUGUAAGAACACGGUUCACAGAACAUGUCUGUAGCUGUAUUGGCUGCCGUGGCGAUAUUCUUCAUCCUCGUGUUUCGCAUGCUCAACGUCUCCAGCCAACCACAGAAACCAUUGUUCUUUUGCAAAGACAAACAGUUCCUCAACAGAGUCCUGAAGUUUGCACCCCAACUCGAAGAGCCAUAUGUACCAACUAGAUUAUGGGGAUUCAGUGGUCAUGUUCAAACUAUUUUAUAUAGUGUUUUUGGUAGAGUAAGAUGUCCAUGUCCCAAAGGAGAUAGAAAAUUUUUAAUGAUUGAUGAUGGAACUACCUUAACAUAUGAUCUGUUCAAACCAACUUUCUAUGAACCAGAACUUGAGGACAUAACUGUAGUUGUAGUGCCUGGAAUUUGUAAUUCUUCAGAGAGUGAUUAUAUUCGAACAUUUGUAAAUUAUACUCAAAAUCAAGGCUAUCGAUGUGCAGUUCUUAAUCACGUUGGUGCUUUGCAUAAUGUACCUGUUACUGCUUCUAGAAUAUUCACAUAUGGUCAUACUGAUGAUCUUCAUUUAAUGCUUUGCAAUUUAUCAGAACAUUAUCCAAGUACAAAAAUCAUAAUUAUUGGAUAUAGCAUGGGAGGUAACUUAGUUACUAAAUACUUAGGAGAACUUCGUGAAACUCGACCAAUUAGUGUUAUUGCCGGGAUAUCUAUUUGUCAACCAUACGAUGCUUUGAAAGCAACUGGUGUCUUAUUAAAUUGGCAAAAUUUUCGAAGACUCUACUUGUAUGCUUUAACUGAAGCAAUUAAAGCUUUAAUUUUAAAACAUAGAAGUAAACUAUUGACAGAUGAUAUAAAAGAAAAGUAUUCAUUAAAUGAAAAAGAUAUUAUUUCUGCAGCUACAUUACCUGAACUUGAUGAUGCUUACACUCGUAAAGUAAACAAUUUUAAGAAUCUGCAUGAAUUUUACCAAUGGUCAAGUUGUUUGUACUAUAUAAAUAAUGUAAAAAUACCCAUGAUAUUUAUUAAUUCAAGAGAUGAUCCAUUAGUACCAGAAGAUUUAUUAAUACCUAUUAAAAAUUUUGCAAAAUCGAAAGAUAAUGUAUUGUACAUGGAACUGAUGCAUGGUGGUCACCUUGGAUUUUUUGAAGGUGGUUUCAUGUAUCCCAAUCCAAUUGCGUGGUUAGAUCGAACUCUAGUAUCACUAAUACCAGGACUUAAAGAACAUUGUGGUGAUGACAUGAAAAAAACUGCUGUUUAUUGAACUUCAUCCCCUAAAAAGUAUAUUUAUAUAUAUAUAAAUUACACCUAAAAUAAAAUAUUGUUAUAAU